AUGGCCAACAAACAUCCCAGCGAUGUAGAGACUCUACAGGCCGCAGCCGACCGUCUCAGACCAGCGCUCCAGAUCCUCGACGCAUUCAACCACCGCAACAAGAACCAACACCACUCCUCGCGAUGGUGGGCUCAGUUUGAUAUGCUGCGGCGCGGCGUGCGCAAGCUCGUCCCCGAGCUGGACGCUGGCAUCCGAGAUAUUGAGCGGAAAGGUGGCUCGAAGCGCCGGAAGACGGCCGACAAGGCGCAAGGCGGCAGCAGUAAGGCAGCUGAGGCGGCGAGAGCGAGAGCGCAAUGGCUUCAUGAGCACGCUGCUCCGCGGACGUUCAUGGCGUUCACUCAGCUGGCCGCAGACAACCAGUACGCGCCCCUUGGGCUGGUGCUACUGGGCGUACUAGCUCAGAUCGAGGCAGCCAUGUCGCCUUUGGUCCCAACUGAAGUUGUCGCAGCAACGGUGCAAUCUCCACUUGACGCUGAGCUGAGCACGCAGUGCACGCCCUCCGCUAUUUCAGAUGUAGGAGCUUCACAGGGAGAAGCCCAUGACUUUGGAGUUGCCAUCUCCCGUGACGAAGUCCUCGAUUCUAGCCAGGCAUCAGUACCGUCAGAAAAGAGCGAGGGAAUGACCGCCAAGUCCAAGUCAAAAGGAUUACAAGAGACAGCCCCGCUGGACCCCAAGGACGCGGGUAGGCCGAAGAAGGAUAAGAAGAAAAAGAAGAAGAGGAAGGGCGAUGAAUUUGAUGACCUCUUCAGCUCACUCCUGUGA